AUGUCAAGCGAAGAGGAAGUAAUUAAGAUUUAAAUAUUUACCUUAGAGAAUGAAGCAAUUACAAUCACUUCCUAUAAGAAAUUAUUUGGAUUAAACAGUCGUUCCAAUCCUACUUUAAGCGAUGACUGAAGUCGCUAAAGUGAGGUGAGUUUGUAUAAUUUAAUAAAGACCUCCUAACCCUAUUGAAUUCAUUGCUAACUAUUUGAUGUAGAAUAAUCCAGAAAAAGCGUAGGCCAGAUAAUAAUGA